AUUUACAAACAAAUAGUGGCUUAAAUGAGGCCCCGAUCAAUGGAGGUUGAUAUUUAACUGUUUGCUGAGCGAGUGCCAAUCUUUUACUCUCUGGAUUACUGCUUCCCACAGUACUUAGUCGCUCCUUUUUUGGACAAGCCAGGAGGUUUAUUUUCUAUUUUAAGUAUAAGUUUUAAGGACAUGGACCUCUGCCUGACACUCCUGUUGAUCUGUCUCUGCAGCCAAGGAGCCACUAAUGCUGAGGUGGCUGAAGAUGAGUCAAUCCCUUUAAUUCCUCUGUUGCCCAGUCACCCCAGAGAGACGGGAGAAAGCAGCAGCGAACCGGAACCUACAGAAACACCCGAAAUCCCAACAUCAGAUGAGGAAGAAGUCGGGGGCUGCCGUUCUGUCGGCCGAAGCCCAAAGUCCUGGGAGGCCAGUGCUUCUGCCAUUCAGAAACUAGGUGUGCAGCUCCUGCAGAACCUGGAGACAACGCCGGACAAACCGAAUAUUAUAAUAUCUCCUUUAAGCAUAUCACUAGCCCUCUCCCAGCUGGCUCUAGGUGCAGUAAACGAGACAGAGGAGCUGCUGAUGCACCAUCUCCACGAAAACACCCUCCCUUGCUACCACCAGGCCCUGCGUAAUGUGUUGGUGCACCUCAGAAACAGGGAUCUACAUCUUGCCACACGCAUCUUUCUGAGCCCAGAGAUUGAGGUAAAACAACAGUUUGUCAAUGAGUCUCGGCGGUUAUAUGACUCAGAACCAGCUUUAUUGGAGAGUCUGCAGCAGAUUAACGACUGGGUGGAGAAUGAGACGCAGGGAAAGAUGACUGACUUCCUGUCCAGUCUGCCGCCCAACGUGCUGCUCAUGCUCAUCAAUGCCGUCCACUUCAAAGGAGAAUGGAAAGCUCGAUUUGACCCACGCUUCACCACCAGAGGUGUUUUCUAUCUUGACGACAAUCACAUGGUUGAUGUGGAAGUGAUGGAAGACGCCAAACAUCCGCUGAGUUCAUUUAACGAUUACGAACUGGAUGCUCGGGUGGCAAGUUUCCCAUUCCUGAAGCGAAUGAGUUUGCUGGUGGUCAUGCCCUUUUCCGGGCAGGUGAACGUGUCGUCACUUUCUGAAAAUCUCAAUAUCUCUGACUUGUAUGCACGUCUGCCGAAAGAACAGGCCGUUCAAGUUAAAGUCCCCAAAUUCAAAAUGGAGUAUGCUCUGGAGUUAGAGGAUGUUCUCACCAAAUUAGGCCUCGGAAAGAUAUUUUCCCGUCCCAACUUGGCUCAGAUUGCGGAUGGCCCCCUGGUGGUGUCCAGUGUGAUGCACAAGUCCGGAAUUGAGCUAAAUGAGGAGGGAGCAGAGGCUGCUGCAGCCACUACCGUGGUCAUCUCGAGGGCAUCCAAUCCUGUUUUCCACCUCAGCCAACCCUUCUUCUUCGCCCUUAUGGAUGAUACGACACAAGUACCGGUCUUCAUGGGAGUCAUCAACAACCCUAGCCCCGGAGCUCCCAUCAUGGAAAGAAGAGAAUCUGGAAACAAAGAUAAAGGGGGAUUCCCACUUGACAAGAAUCACAUGGGCACUUAUGGAGGCCCGCCUAAGUAGGGACUUAUAUCCUGUGCAGCUCUUCCAGGGAAACCCAGACCAAUGCAUGUGUGAUCAUACAGACUAAGUGUAUACAGGAUGAAAAUAUGUGUGUUUUGUUUGCUUCAUUAUCAACUGAACACAGCGAGGAACUCUGAGUCCCCUUUAACAUGUGAACAUCUCGUUUAAAUAAUUGCGCUGCAUUAGAUGACACAUCCUGGUUUUCGGAAUUUCAAAAAUACGACUAAUUACGCAAACAGGUGUUCAUAGGCAUAGUUCUUGAUGUUGAUAUCCUACAUUUGAUGAAAUACAUUUUCCACAGUGUCAACACGUAAAUCCAGACUAAUCCGUUCCAAUGCCAUUUGAGCGUGACUGCAUCUGUGUGUAUGUUGGUGAAUGUGCCGUCUAACUAGUUAAUAAACUGAAUUGAUUUGAAUCACA